AUGAGUAGUAGUGAUGAAAUCUCUUGGAUAUCAUGGUUCUGUGGCCUACGUGGGAAUGAGUUCUUUUGUGAAGUAGAGGAGGAUUACAUCCAAGAUCGAUUCAACCUUACCGGUUUAUCAGAGCAAGUUCCUGAAUACCGUGAUGCUCUCGAUAUGAUACUUGAUUUGGAAACUGACCCUUCUGAUAAUCCAGAAAAUACCGAUCUCAUUGAACAAGCAGCUGAAAUGCUUUAUGGACUAAUACAUUCUAGAUACAUUCUGACAAAUCGUGGUAUUUGUUUUAUGGUGGCGAAAUGGCAGCAAGGGGAUUUCGGUUAUUGUCCUAGAGUUUACUGUGAAAGUCAACCAUGUUUACCAGUCGGUUUAUCAGACGUUCCGGGUGAAGCUAUGGUUAAGAUAUAUUGUCCUAGAUGUCAAGAUACCUAUACACCGAAAUCUACUCGUCAUCAUCAUACAGAUGGAGCGUAUUUCGGUACUGGCUUUCCGCAUAUGUUGUUUUUAGUUCAUCCAGAGUACAGACCAAAACGAGCUAGUAAACAGUUUACUGCAAGGUUAUUUGGCUUUAAAAUACAUCCUUUGGCUUAUCAACUACAAUAUCAAGCUGCGGCUAAUUAUGUUAUGCCUGUACGCCCUGGUUUUUCUAAACGUGCAUAA